AUGUGGAAUAACUUAUGCAUUCCAGCUGUUUACUCAAAUGUCUUCAGAGUGAAUGACAGGGGGAGAGGGGAAGGGAGGGGAGCUGAAGAAGACAGACGAGAGAGAGGAGGAUUGAAAGAGGGAGGGAGUAGACAUGCGAAGAAGGAGAAGUGGUUUGGCGAUAGGAAAAUUGGGAUGGACGGUUACUCAGUUUGGAAGAUGAGUAGAUGGAUGGAUGGAUGGACGGAUGGAUGA